UUGAAAUGGACGGAUCCAUUCUCUCCGGUCCGCAGCUCCAGUAGCUUACAGUUUGAACUUUGAACUAAAAUCAAGAGAAGCCGUCGAAAAAGGAGAAAGAAGCAGAAUUAUUUGCUGCGUGAAUAGCAAGCUGUCCUUUAUCUCUGCAAUUCCAGAUGGCUUUGGUUGUUAUUUGUGGUCAGCCUUGUAGUGGGAAGUCGACAACUGCGGCCUUCCUGCCCGAAGCCCUUCACGAAACAGAAUGCAAGCCAUCAGUCCGGAUCGUAGAUGAGUCUUCCUUUCAUGUCACACGGAACGAAGGUUAUGCUAACAUGCCAUCGGAAAAAAAUUUAAGGGGGGUUUUGAGAUCCGAAGUCGACAGAUCUCUGUCUAGAGACAAUAUUAUAAUAGUGGACUCUUUGAACAGCAUCAAGGGGUACCGGUACGAGCUAUGGUGUCUGGCUCGCGCAGCUGGUACAAGAUAUUGUGUCGUGCACUGUGAUGUAGACGAGACACACUGUCGGAGAUGGAAUGACCAAAGGAGGGAGAAAUCAGAGGCGUGUUAUGAUGAUAAAAUAUUUGAGGAUCUGGUUAGGAGAUUUGAGAGGCCGGACAGCAAGAACCGUUGGGAUUCCCCGUUGUUUGAGCUGUGGCCGUCUAGAGAUGGGAUUGAAAAAUCGUCUGCUGCCAUAAUGGAUGCUGUGACUUACUUGACGAAAAGAGUAGACUCCAAAACCAAAGAUGUCAAAGUGUUGCAGCCCACUAUUGCAACACAGGGUGCACGGCUAACAGAGGCGAAUUCUCUAUACGAAUUGGAUAGAGCGACACUUGAGGUGAUGAAUAUGAUCGUGGAAGCACAGUCACGUGCAGCUGCAGCUGGAGGUCCCCUCAGGGGGUUGACUCUUGGACCGGGUUUACCUAGUGUUGAUAUGUCAAGGCAUGUUGGCCUCCCUGAGCUGCGUAGGCUCAGGCGGACUUUCAUAAAAUUAACAGGGCAGUCGAGCUUGAGUGGUCCGCCACCACCCUCGGAUGCUGAUAGUGCAAAGAGGAUGUUUGUGGAUUACUUGAACAGGGAAUUAGAAAGUAGUUAAGAGUAAGAGGCAGAUCGCAGUCAAGACAAAUCCUCAUCAUCGUUCUUUAAAUCCACGUGGCGUCUAUGCCGGAGAGAUUUGCAUUCUGCAUUCUCCUUGGAAGUGAUUUUGAGAUGAACAGCAUUGCAAUGGAAAUAUGCAUAUUUCUUGAAGAUCUUGUGCCUUUUUGUUUUUUUGUUGUAUGGUGCCAAUCUGUUUAAGACAUAUAUAUAGUCAUAAGUUACUUUUUCCAUC